AUGGACGAAGAAGACAAUGAUGGAGGCUUCAUUGAGGAGGAGGAGGACCUGUAUGAUGUUGCCCAAUUCUCUGACGAAGGAAGACGUGAACACCAUGGUCUGGAAGAAUUUGCGGAUCAUAUCGCGGAACAUUCCGGGAUGAUUCCACUCUCAGCUUGUGACGAACGUUCAUCCUCCGAGGAAGAGGAUUCUGACGAUGAAGAAGAAGAAGAGCCACAACGACGACGGCUCCGGAUUGCUCGAAGGAAAGCUGAACGAGCAUUGAAGGACCAGCCUGAGUCCGAGUCUGACUCCGAAGACGAAGAUGACGGAGAAGUCGAGAAUGCCGAAGUCGAGAAUGCCGAAGUCGAGAAUGCUGAAGAAGAGAAUCCCGAGGUCGAAAAUGAGCCGGUUGUUGAAGAGCCGGCUGCAGCGGCAGGAUCCCAGGAGGGGGACGAAGAAGAUGGAGAAACGAACCUGACGUCUCUCUACGCACGAGCAAAAGGUCUGGUUGACACCAAGGACAAGGUGAACACCAGGCGCAAGAAUUUCCAGAAGCAAGCUGCAGUUUGGGAAGUGAUGAAGUUUGCCCACAUUCGACAGCAGAAGGACUUGGAGGAAUUGAGAGCACUGGACUUCAAAGCUUUCGAAAAGUUGGAGGAUGCAGAGACAGAAAAGAAGCCGUAUUGUGUUUGUCUCCUGUGCUAUGAUGAUCCUGCAGUCAGCUUGUACUGCUCCCUGGUGAAGCCGUCCUACAAGAAGACUGGUGGCCCACCGUAUGCCCUGAAUGGUAAUGGCAAUAUGACAAGCCAUGUCCAGGCUAAGCAUGCAGAAGUCUGGGAGGCGAUGAAAGCAUUGAAACAAAAAUACAAAUACGAAGAAGGCCACGCUACUGGCAACUUUGGUGAUGAUGUUGGUCCUGCAACACGUCCACGCCCGACUGCUGUUUUCUCCACCGCCGGUACUGCAAUUACCGGGGAUCCUCCAUCUCAGUUAGUGGUUGAGCAUUCGAUUGGAAGACGCAAGCGAUACAAAGACAAGAAGGUUUGCGAUUCUUUUAAGGCCUGCGAGCAAGUCAGGAAGGAUUCCGAGGCUGCCGCCGGAUGGAUACAGAGUAAGAAGUCAAGAGGAAGAUGGAUUGAUUUCGUGAAAGAGCUCAAGAAGGUCGGGAGGCACGCGGUGAUGGUACUUGUGCCAAAUCAUACUCGGUCGGCAGGCGUAAUGCUGCGCUAUGCCGGCAUGAUUCGGAGUCGCUGGAAUUACAAGCACUACUACAACAAGAACCAUAAGGCUUUGGAAUUGGACGACAACCAAUUUUGGAUGAUUGCUCAACUGUAUGCUGUCUUGUUUGCUAUGAGAGUUAUCCUCAUGCAGACUCAAACCGAUGGAAAUGGAACUAUUUCUUACGCUCCCUUUUUCAUUUACCGAGUGUUUUUCCACUAUGUUACAGCAGACCAUUACUGGGUGCCAGAAACAAGACGCAGUGAGACUCCGGACAAGGAAGGUAAAUGGGACGGUAAUGCACACUUUCCAAGGCAGAAGUUCGACGGCACACCCACUUGUCCCAGGCCAACUGUUGAGGGAGAGGGGUAA